AUGAAGACUAGCGAGAGAGAAGCAUGGCAGCUAAGAGCAGCUUACCAGGGCGCCUUCCCGGGCACUAUUGCUGCAGGAGAACGACUCCACAUAUUGAUGGGCAUCGAAGCACAAGCUUUUGAUGGCUAUGGACAGCUCAUCGUACUACCUUGGCACAUGCCUUUUCCUGAGGAGCUUCACCGUCCAGAUUCGAACCGUCUCAGUGUACAGCUCAACACUGGUACGCUCCCGUACAGAGACGGUAGGAUCCAAACGCUUCACCAGUCUGGCAAGAGAAGAGCGGCUCCAUCAAAUCAACUCGAGCGUUCGCUGCACAACAAGACCCUUGCCCAGAAUCUGUCUUUACGCGCGCCAGGCACUUCUAUUCCUCUCAAUCCCAGAGACAUGAACCUACCUCUACAACUCUCUGGCAUCAGACCUUCAAUCACGAGCAACAGCGUGAUGGACAACAUGCUCAAGCGUAAGCUAUCUAAGAUCAAGCUUCCAUCGGCCCCCAAAGACAACCCACUGAGUGGUGCGGUGCCCAACCUGGCCAUCCAGCCAGCUUUCCAGCACAAGCUUCGCAUCUCCAGGCCUCUAACCAGCGACACUGCUAUGGCUGAUGUGCAAAAGGAGCACAAACACCCAAAGACAUCCGAAUACAAGGAAAAGUCAGAAUCGCCAUCACCUCCUCGUCGUCGCUUUAUGCCGCCCAUCGAAGCAGUUCUGGCUCAUGGUUUCAACAACAUUGACUUGGUUCGUCAACCUCAAGUCACCAUCCCCCGCUCGCACGCCUACGACCCAUGGACAAGUCUUUCCCUCAGUCACAAAGUCUUGUCUCCUACGCCUGUGUUCUUGUUGAAUAUGGCUCCUUUCCAACUUGACGACAGCGAGGAAACCCACUACUGGAGACCUUCACUUCCUAUGCUUUUGUCCUACCAUCUCGCCAAUCCAGCAACGCUGAUCGAAGAGACGCCCAUCCAGAGCCUGACUUUCCAUCUCCCUGCUCCAAAGCCAACUCUAGCUUCUACAGGAAACAGAAAGAACCCUACCAAAGCAGCACACUACAAGACCGAGGGAGUAGAGACAGGCACCGACAUCAAAAUGAUUAGAAUGAUACUGCCACCACUUUUCAACGGUGAUGGAGUCAGCAGUGAAGAAGUGCCCUACACAGAUUGGUUGAUCCUUUGUCUCAGCGAUACCACGCCUAUUCAGCCUCCCUCCACAAGCACAAGGGUCCUGCGUUCUGCUUCCAAACCACCCAGACAGUCAUAUCUCCUCCUCGCCAUCCCUACUCAAGCAAUCGGCGAAACUUCUUCUGUGGUAGACAGUCCCAGCCUCUUGCCUGUAGGAGGUGCGGCAAGCAAACAGCAAACCAUCACCACAGUCUUGAAGUUUACCGGCAGAGGAAGAAUGCCUUUGGCAUUUGGUGUGGGAAGGGAUGUCAGUUUUGCGGACAAGUGGAUCGGAGAGUUUGGAUUGGGAGUCGCGGCUUUGGAGGUCACUGUGGCUGGUACCAAGCCUCCUUGUUGGGCGUGA